AUAGAGCGUCUGAGGCAGCUUGAGUCCAUAGUUUCAAGAAUCAGGGAACGGGAACUGUCGAGACCAUUAGUAAGAGAAACUCCAGGAUUGGUCACUGAUGAACAUCCGGAGGCCACUACUGGAUAUAUAAAUGAGCGUUCAAGGAUCGAAAACAGAAUGGUUAGCAAGACCUAUCAUACUUAUUUGAUAGCCAAGGCAUUAGGCAUGGAGAAAACAACUGCUGUCGCUGGUACGUACUUCGACUGCAACAUAUGUCUAGAGAGAGCUGCGGAUCCGAUAUUGACUUGUUGUGGGCACUUGUUUUGCUGGUCAUGCUUCUAUCAGUUGCCUUGCUCGUAUUUGAAUGUAAAGGAAUGUCCCGUCUGUGAUGGAGAAGUGACCGACGAUGAGGUUACUCCGAUAUAUGGCAAUGGAGAUGACUGUGAUGGUAAUAAGCCCAAGUCAGAGCCAGAGGACUGUGGUAUAUUGGUCCCUCCAAGGCCAUCUGCCAAGAGGGUUGAAAGUGUCCGCCAGAAUGUCAGUAAUCGGGCAAUCCCGUUUCUUCCCACACAUGAAACGAUCCAACAAAUGAGAAGGGCUAUUGAUGCAAUAGAACAGCAAACACUGCCUCGAGGUUAUGAUAUCGGAAUGAACAAUACGAUAGUAAAUGGGAAUUGGCAAAACCAACCCCUCGGACCUUUGAGGUUGUUGCCUCCUUCGACGCCACAGUUUUCUUCUUUCUUGGAUUUUUCAGUUGAUUACCUGGAGCAGCCAAUCGGUACUCUUGGUAGUUAUAUGGACACAAGUAACAUGAGAAGAAACCGUCGGAGAUCUUCUCGCAUUGCUGAUAGAAACUCAGCCCGGAUCGCGGGUUCUGCCGAACCAAACAUCCGUAUCUUUGAUACGACUUCUCGGGCAAUAUCUCUGGUCUCGUUUCCCGUCGCAUUACCCGCAGAGUUUGUAGUAUCUGAUGCCCUGAGGGAGAUGCGAAACCAGACUGCACACGCAGAUGCUUCAGUUCCAUCUUCGAGGAGGAGAACAGAAACUCCAGAGGUUGACGAUGGACCUCGGACAAGGUCCAGAAGGAGAAGGUUGAGAUGAUUGUGAACAAAGUUGCUAAAAUCUGUCGCCUGCUGAUUAAUUGUCGACCAUAGUAUGUCCAAGUUGGUGUAAUGUACAUCUUUACUGACAUGCUAUUGCUACAGAGAAGAACUUCAUGUUCUAGGUUACUUCAUUUUACUGUCACAGAUGUCUUGUGUUGUUGCCGUAUUCCAUUGUUCCUAUAUAUCUGCGGAACAUUAGACAUA